UCCACCUUUUUUCACAUUCAAAUCCUCUUACAAAAUUGCACCAAUUAACUUUCCUUUUAUAUGUGACAGAAUAAAUCCAAAAUCACAUUCCCAGAUCACCAUUUUAGCAGAAAAUAACAAAGAAGUUCAAUAUAAGAAAAAAGAGAAACAAAAGAGUAAUCAAUGGCUUGGUCCACUCAAUUUUUCUUGCACUAUCAUCCAUUGUCUAAAAUACAUUUAAUAUCAUUAAGUGGUGUUUCAACACUCAAGCCUUACCAAUUGGUCUGUUGUGCCCAAAAGGAUCAACAAGAUAACGCCAAUGAUCAUGUUUUUGUCUCACGUAGAUUGGCUCUUACUCUCCUCAUUGGUGUUGCUUCUAUUUCUUCCAAAGUUUCCCCUGCUGAUGCUGCUUAUGGAGAAUCUGCAAAUGUUUUUGGGAAACCAAAGAAAAACACCGAUUUCUUGCCAUACAACGGAGAUGGAUUCAAGCUGCAAAUCCCAUCGAAAUGGAAUCCAAGCAAGGAAGUAGAGUACCCUGGUCAGGUUCUUAGAUAUGAAGAUAACUUUGACGCCACUAGCAAUGUCGUUGUCACAAUAACUCCAACUGACAACAAGUCCAUCACUGAUUACGGUUCACCACAACAGUUCCUCUCUCAGGUGGAUUAUCUGCUUGGAAAACAAGCUUACUUUGGAAAAACUGAUUCAGAGGGUGGAUUUGAAUCAGAUGCAGUGGCAACACAUUUCUCAAAAAAAUAGGUACAAAUGAGAUUCGAACCCGCAACAUCAGCCUUGUAAAGUUGCCCUCCUACC